CAAUAUUUAAAUCGUAUAGAAAGCCUGAAUAUAUAUUCGCAUAAUAUUCAUAUAUAAAGUAAAAAGUUGUUUCGUUAGUGCUUUGUCCGGAUUAUGGAUGCUACUCGCGAGUCCGAUGUCUUUAAAAAGAUGACCGUAGUUCAAAUUAAAAAUUUUCUACUUGCAAGAGGAGUCAGUGUAAAUGGCUAUGAUAAAAUUACGCUGAUCAAAAUAGCUGCUGCGGUUGAAAGAAUGUGUAUUCCUCUACUUCCAACCUUAACAAACGAUCGAAAGAAUGGUGCUGCAAGCGAUGAACGUUUGAUUAUUAAUGAUAUGGAAAUCGAAAACCCCUUUAAAAUGUCUGUGAUGAAUAACUUCAUCGACUCUCCAUCUUUCGGUUUGUACGACAUAUUCAACUAUUUGAUUUUCCAUUCGACUGCGUACGAUAAGCAAGGUCUAGCUGCGUACAAAUCCUUCGACGACUACAGUCUAUUUGAAGAUGGCCAUGUAGAAUCGUUAAUGACUAAAACAUUGAACAAUGAAAGGCUUCAUGUCUAUGUAGCUAAGGUGCGACCAGCUAUGAAGGUGAAAACUGAUGAUGGAAAACCUUGCUACGAUCUUUGGUUUAUCUUGGAAGGUCAUGGUCCCAACCGAGGUAGCGUUUUGAAGGCGAAGUGUAUGUGCAAAGGAGGCCGUGAUGGGGGAUGUAAACACAUCGGGGCCGCCAUGUAUUCGCUGGAAGAGGUGCUGAACACGCGAAGUAAAGAUAGCGUGACAAGUGGCAGUUGUGUGUGGGUCAAGAAAGCUAGCGCUAGUACGAAAGCAUGCGAAGUAUCUGACCUAGUGAUUGAAAAACCAAAAUUACCUUCGUACAAACUGAGGAAGAGGGACCACGCAUAUUCUCAAAACAUUGACGUGGACGUAAGAGCUCAUAAGGACCAAAAGCCCAUAAAGAAAAGAAAGCUGAGAAGACUUACCGGAUUGAUGAAACUAAUGAAACAACGUCCUGCCAUUCUGCCAGUACUCCAGAAACGAUACUGCGCACCAAAGAAAUCUCCAACACUAUUGACCAUUGAAAAUGGUGACAAGAGUACAAGUGGUACCAGUUCAAGUGAUGGGAUCAUGAAACGUAAAAUUUCUAUUUGCAUGGAAAGCAACAAGCAUGCCACAGAAGAUUUAGUGUUUCAAAAGUUAUCAUUCACAGACAAGGAGAUUGAUGAUAUCAACCAGGCUACGGUAAAACAGUUCCAGUGCAAAGAAUGGUAUUGUGAAAAAGCUGGUUUCAUUUCAGCAUCGAAAGUUAAGCGUGUUGUUACCAGACAGGCAACUAUUGAAAAGAACAGACCAAAGAAGACAGAUGUCAGCUGUCUGGUAAACAUGAUUACAAAUCCCAAAGUACCACCAAACAUUGUUCUGCCACAACAACCACACAACUCAUUAACAUGGGGGUUAGUUCAUGAGACAAGUGCAAGGGAUGCUUACUUACGAGUUGAAAGGCACAAACACCACAAUAUAAAGUUAGUGUCUAAAGGCUUUCUCAUUUCAAAGAAGAGAAAAUUUCUUGGUGCCAGUCUCGACAACAUAAAGACAUGCCAGUGUUCCAGUAAUUGUCCAGAUGUUGUUGUCGAAUAUAAAUGUCCAUGGAAGCACAAAGAUAUGCAUCCCAAAAAAGCGUUUUUGACACCAGAAAUUGGUGGUAUUGAAAAAGAUAAGACCUUCUGUCUUACCAAAAGCAGUGCAUACUAUCACCAGAUCCAGGCACAAAUGUUUGUUUCUGAGCUUUUUCAUUGUGACUUUGUUGUUUGGACAAGUCAAGGA